GGGCUGUGGCCCGUUACAUAUUCCGAUCCCUAUCUCGUCCGUUUCUGUGCACUUUUCGUCCGAAUCAAAUUCCAUUUCCUCGAUCUUUUUCGGAAGUGAUAGGAUUUUUUAUUUUUUUUUAAAAAAAUUUAUUGUUUUUCGCAUACUGCGAUUCCGGUGAGUUUUGGACUGUUUCUUGCUGGUUUCUUCUCCGGCAUUCCCCUUAUUCGAACUGUACGGAAAGGAUCGUAGCGGUUUCCAUCCGGUUUCGGUGAAUUUUUGUUGCAGCAGUGUAACUUUUUUUGGCUAGAGUUUGACUAGACUGUUGGCUUGAAUUCCGGUUGUGGAUCGCUGAGGAAGAUAAUUUUUAGGGUUUUUGAGGUUGUCGGUGAAGGUAGUGAUGGUGUAGACUAUUGAGGUGAAUAUGGACGAUAGAGGAGGGUCAUUUGUCGCUGUCAGGAGAAUUUCUCAAGGCCUGGAGAGAGGCAACACCUGCCAUUCAACUUCCGGUUUGGAUCUGUGACUUGGAAGUGACUCUUGGAUAUAUAACCCUAGUAUAAGUGAAGUUCUACGCUGACUUCAUGUCUUCUGCCAUUCUAGUUUGCUGUGCUGAAGUUGUGGCAGGAUCGGCAGCAUGGCUUGGCCGAGGUCUUUCUUGUGUGUGCGCACAAAGAAGGGAGAGUGAUGCUCGCCCUUCAUUUGACUUAACCCCUGGCCAGGAGGAACGCUUGCAGAGGCUGCAGAGUCGUUUAGAUGUUUCCUAUGAUUGUUCAAUCCCUGAGCACCAGGAAGCUUUAAGGGCUUUAUGGAAUGCUGCCUUUCCUGAAGUAGAACUCCGUGGUCUUAUAUCUGAGCAGUGGAAAGAUAUGGGUUGGCAGGGCAAGGAUCCAUCAACAGAUUUUAGAGGUGGUGGUUUCAUAUCAUUGGAGAAUCUGUUGUUCUUUGCCAAGAAUUUUCCGAAAACCUUCCAGGAUCUUCUCCAAAAGCAGGAAGGUGAUCGGUCAGUGUGGGAAUACCCAUUUGCUGUAGCUGGUGUGAACAUCACAUUCAUGCUUAUUCAGAUGCUUGAUCUGGAAGCAGUCAAACCGCGGACACUGGUGGGAGCAACAUUUUUGAAGUUUCUUGCAGAAAGUGAAUCGGCAUUUGAUCUGCUCUAUUGCAUCACGUUCAAGCUGAUGGAUCAUCAGUGGCUUUCUAUGCGAGCAUCAUAUAUGGAUUUCAAUGCGGUGAUGAAAUCGACACGUCGUCAGCUGGAACAAGAGCUAUUGCUUGAAGACAUAACAAGCUUGGAACAGUUGCCAUCAUACGGCCUUCUUUCCCAAUAGUUUUACAGUUCGCAGAUUUAACAUAAUGGCAUUUAACAACAACAUUCGGUGGAGACGCUUGUUCUUGUGACGGCAAGAUUUAUCGCAUUGUUGGAGACACUCAUUUUUAGGUAAAUGGUAUGUUGUUGUAUAUGAUAUGUUGCUUCUCGUUUCAAAUACUGCUUGAUUUCUUCACCACAGCAUGGUACCAUUUGGUUCCGCAAAGGGUGGGUUUCCACUUUCCAGAGUUUGUAAGGCCGAGAAAGUACGAAAAACUGAUUUCAAGCAGCAAGUUUAAAUGCCGCUCCACAGUUGACUUCUCUAAAACAUUUUUGUAAUUUCAAAACGUUUGGGCACCAAUGUGGGAUUUCGUUUUGAAUAAAUGGUGGUGUCCCAUCUUGGGCACCAAAAUGCAAAGAAACCUCAUUUUACA